GGCUACCGACCAGCUUUCACAUCAGCUCUCUCAGUAGCAAACCCUCUACCAUGAAAGGACUGGUGGUGUUGCUGUUCCUCGUCUGCGCCUUAGUCGAUGGUCUCCCAGCCAGAAGUUGGGAAAAGAAGCGACUAGGACAUGACAAGAAGUGGACGUUUGAAGACUGGAAAGUGAAGGCUCGUCCUUGGGAACAGAAACCAUGGAAAGAGCCCGGAGAAGAAAUCGAAGGAGACGACAUCCCAAAAGUUCGCUGGUGUGUUACAAACCCAUGCGAGAUGAAAAAGUGCAAGAGGAUGGCCAUGAAAUUCAAGUACAUGGUGAGCCCACAGAUGUACUGGAGCUGCGCCAUGGCGCCUUGCAAAGAAUCUUGCAUGGAAGAAAUUCGACUUGGACGCGCAGACAUCAUGACGGCUGAAGGUGAAGAAAUCUACAUAGCCGGGAAGGUACACGAUCUGAUUCCUAUCAUGUUUGAAAAGGACGACCACAAAGACAUCCCAGACUACGACACGAAGUUUGCCCAGUAUGAAGGUCCAGACGGUAUCCUCAAGCACUACUCUAUCGCACUGGUGAAGAAAACCACCACUGGUAUCGAGAGCUUUCAGGACCUGAAAGAGCGAAAAUCGUGCCACUCCGGCGUGGACAGCACAGCCAGUUUCAAGUCCCCCGUUUGUUCCCUUAUCGAGAAGGGUAUCAUGCAACGCACAGGGAACGUGUAUGAGAGCGCGGGGGAGUUCUUCAAAGAGAGUUGUGUGCCCGGCGUACAGCAUGACAUGUACAACCCGAACAUGACCAACCCUGAAUCCCUCUGUAAAUUAUGCAAAGGAAAAGACGAUGAUGAUUUCUGUGAGACGCUGUCAGACAAGAAGGAACCUUACUAUGGCUACUCAGGAAUGCUGAAGUGCCUUCGCGAAGGGGCGGGGGAUGUAGGAUUCGUCCACACCCACGAGGUCAUUAGGAACUUGGAGGAUCUCUCUAAAGAAUUUGAUAUUGUGUGCAGAAACAAGAAGCUUCCUCUGGAGUGGACAAAUAUUAUCAAGAAAGGCUGCCACCUGGCUGAGGAAAGCCCUCAGGUCUUGAUGGUGUCCAAGGACAAGCCAAAGGAAUGGAUUCAGGGUUGUACCAGUGCUCUCACGCAAGCCUCGACACUCUUCUCAUCACCAGACACAGAUAAAGCAUUCGGCUUGUUUGACUCUUCUCUGUACUGUGACAAAAUGGAAGGCUAUGAUGAAAAUGGUGAGGAUUACAAGGACAAGAACAAGGACCUUAUCUUCAAGGAUUGUAGCAGUUCCCUGGAGCUCAUCCCUGAGGAUAAAAGAACAUACAAGGAAUUCCUUGGUGUAGACACGGUUGGUAUUUGGAAGACCUGUGCAGAACUUAAAUCCAAGCCACGCGCUUUCAUGUGCGUCGUUGGAGACGAAGAAAUGAAGAAAUGCCAGGAUAUGAUCAACAAAUUCCAGACAGUCACCUACGCUAAAGAGAUCUCCUGGGGUUGUGUUGAGGCCAGUGGCAAGAAAGAGUGCACGGAAAUGGUAGCUAAAGGCUUAGCCGAUAUUGUCGACCUCAACUCCACGGACAUGUUUUUGGCAGGACUGGAUUAUAAUUUGAUUCCUUUCAUGGCAGAGAAUUACAAGGGGAAGGAUCCUUGGACAAAAAGCAUCACCAUCGGCGUCAUGCUUAAGGGCAAAACUGAUCUAUCAGAAGACAUGCGCGGCUGGAAAAUGUGUAACGCAGGCGUUGACAAGAUCAGCGGUUUCCUUCACCCAAUGGGAUGGCUCUUGGCUAAUGGCACAAUACAACGAUCUAGCUCACCUCUGAAAUCGAUCGGACAACACUUCGGUGAAAGUUGUGUACCUGGAAUAAACACGAUGGACCUGACCAAGUAUCCUCUGUUGUCACGCACACUGGAUUGGCGAUCGAUGCUCAAGGAUAAGAUCGUGACGUGGGAGGACAGGUAUGAAGCUCCUCUGUGGCGCCAGUGGCAAGACAAGCAGAGCGGUAUCAGUAACGGAUACCACUCAAUGUACGAACUGCAAGACUUCGAAUCACCAGAGUUCCUUAAGCUGAUCAAAAUGAUGACCUCAGAUGACCCGCGUACGCACGCGUUCCGCACUCCAUUGAUGCAGGAAGUCUUUAAGUUGGUAAAUAUAAUGCAUCCUCUUUCAAACACUCUAGCUGUGAAACACUGUCCAUUUUCUCGCCAGGUCUUGAUGGUGUCCAAGGACAAGCCAAAGGAAUGGAUUCAGGGUUGUACCAGUGCUCUCACGCAAGCCUCGACACUCUUCUCAUCACCAGACACAGAUAAAGCAUUCGGCUUGUUUGACUCUUCUCUGUACUGUGACAAAAUGGAAGGCUAUGAUGAAAAUGGUGAGGAUUACAAGGACAAGAACAAGGACCUUAUCUUCAAGGAUUGUAGCAGUUCCCUGGAGCUCAUCCCUGAGGAUAAAAGAACAUACAAGGAAUUCCUUGGUGUAGACACGGUUGGUAUUUGGAAGACCUGUGCAGAACUUAAAUCCAAGCCACGCGCUUUCAUGUGCGUCGUUGGAGACGAAGAAAUGAAGAAAUGCCAGGAUAUGAUCAACAAAUUCCAGACAGUCACCUACGCUAAAGAGAUCUCCUGGGGUUGUGUUGAGGCCAGUGGCAAGAAAGAGUGCACGGAAAUGGUAGCUAAAGGCUUAGCCGAUAUUGUCGACCUCAACUCCACGGACAUGUUUUUGGCAGGACUGGAUUAUAAUUUGAUUCCUUUCAUGGCAGAGAAUUACAAGGGGAAGGAUCCUUGGACAAAAAGCAUCACCAUCGGCGUCAUGCUUAAGGGCAAAACUGAUCUAUCAGAAGACAUGCGCGGCUGGAAAAUGUGUAACGCAGGCGUUGACAAGAUCAGCGGUUUCCUUCACCCAAUGGGAUGGCUCUUGGCUAAUGGCACAAUACAACGAUCUAGCUCACCUCUGAAAUCGAUCGGACAACACUUCGGUGAAAGUUGUGUACCUGGAAUAAACACGAUGGACCUGACCAAGUAUCCUCUGUUGUCACGCACACUGGAUUGGCGAUCGAUGCUCAAGGAUAAGAUCGUGACGUGGGAGGACAGGUAUGAAGCUCCUCUGUGGCGCCAGUGGCAAGACAAGCAGAGCGGUAUCAGUAACGGAUACCACUCAAUGUACGAACUGCAAGACUUCGAAUCACCAGAGUUCCUUAAGCUGAUCAAAAUGAUGACCUCAGAUGACCCGCGUACGCACGCGUUCCGCACUCCAUUGAUGCAGGAAGUCUUUAAGUUGGCAAGCAAAGACUUCAGCUGGGACAACUAUGGUGGCUUGAAAGAUUUCUACGAUUUGGAGAUGCCCAAGUGGAAGCUGUUUGGCUGGGUGUGGGAGAAACCAGAGGAGUGGACCGAGGACGAAUGGCAAUUGUUCGAGAUGUGGGUCGAGGAGAAAUGGAAUCAAAAGGAGGACUGGGGAGCAUACACUGACAAGUGGACCGAUGACGAUUGGGUGACAUUUAAGACAUGGAUGGAUUCUGAAUACAAGGAGUAUGUGAAAGAUCAUAUGCCUCUCCAUCAAGACAUCUUCAUCAGGUAA